AUGGCUGAAUCAAAUAAUGAUAUAAUUUCAACCAUCAACAACAGUGUACGUUUAGAUACAAACGAAGGAUUCAAGGAUAUCUUUGACAUAAUCGAUGAUGAUAGUGAUACAUUUGAAUAUACAAUCGAAGAGUUGAAUAAAUACUUCAUUUUUGGUCAUUUGAAUUCAAUUCCGAAUGAAGAAGAAAUGAUCGACGAUGAAGUUGGUGAUGACAUCAAUAUUACUGAAGAAAUAGAAGAAGAAGAAGCAAUUCUGUCACAAAAUUUCAGUCAACUAUCAACAACGAGUGACGAUGAAGAGAAAUCAUCUGUAACUAAGAAACGACAACGGUCAUAUGCCACAUCCAGUUCAACUGUUAGUUCAAAGAAAAGGAAAAUAACUGAUAACGAUGAUCAUACUAAUAUUCCUACAAAUGAACAAUGUCAAAUACCGACAUAUCUAUUGAUACAGAAUAAAUUAUUCGUUCAUAUGGCUCAAACCAUCAUAAAAACAGUUAGAUCUAUUACUAUGAAUGACAUACAAAAGAUGGCUCUUUUAAUGCAUCAAAUAGCUACUGUUCAAAUAGACAGAGAAAUCAUGAAAGCAUAUUUACAUUCGGUGAAUGGUACAUUGAAAGAACCAGAAUGUUAUUUAAUUGAAGUUGAUCGACGUUUUUGGCCCAUGCAGGUCCAAUCAUUGAUGUUAACACAACAUAAGUCAACUACAAACGAUACAGAUACUGCUGGUAUCUCAACAACAACAACACCUAUGGAAAUCGAUACAGAAGAUCAACAGAUUGCUUGUGAAAAUCUACUAAAUCAACAUUUACAAGUAAUGAAACAACAAAUUGAAUACUAUCAAAAAGAACUCGAUGAGAAACAAAGUAAUUUUAUCAGAUUUACAUCAAUCAUACAAGAAACAAUUGAACUUUAUGUUCAAACACAUGGAAUAAAACCACUUGAAAUGAAACGAGAUUUAAAACUAGCAUUAAUCAACUAUGAUUAUGAUUCAGAAAUGUUGCAACGUCAAUACUUCCAAGAACAACCGAAUCCUUAUCAAAUUGAAGUUGCUAGACGUCUCUCUAUUGCGAAAGUUGAAGUGGAAAAAUCAAAACAAAGUUUAUUGGAACUGAAGUAUCGAGUUUUCUACAAUAAACCGCCGGAUUCAUUCGAUUCUAUGCAAACACUGACGCCAACAUCAAACGAUGAUGACCCGAGAGUAUUCGAUAAACAUGAAAAAGCCAUUCAAAGCAGGAAAUUACACUUGAUGGCUAUUAAAAUAGCAGAAGCAGAAACGAAAUUCUAUCAAUGUCUUCGAGUGUUCGAUAUUGAACUAGCUGCUAUGUGGAGAAACCAUCGUGAUCUUGUACAAAAUCAAGGAAUGACUACAACAUUAACUAACUUGAUCGAAAAUCGUUUGAAAAAUAUUACUGGCCGAUGGAGAGAGAUAUACAAAUAUAGAAUUAACAAUUAUAUUCGAAAUUCUUAUGAUGAUUUCGAUUCGAUGAAUAGAAAUGAAAAUGAUCAAAAAUGGAAAAAAAGUGGAUUUUCAUCAUCUCUAAUUAUUGAUGCUACUCAUCAAUUCACUGAAAAACAACUGCAAUUGUUAAAUCGAGGACCAACUUAUGUUCCACCUUGUCAAACAUCAAUAUUAUCUUCUUGUCAUUCGAUGGACGACAUUGUUGAACGAAAAUAUGCACCAUUAAAACAUCAACUAAGUAAUCUGUUUUCAAAGCAUCAUAUUAAUAUUGCAUUGUCGAUGGAAAUUGAACAGAAGAUCAGUGAUCAAUUUACAAAUCUUUUCUCCUUACCAAUAGCUUCGAAUCUUCAACAGCGGGCUCUCUAUGAAAAAUAUCUUAUUCAAUCGAUUCGACAUUCUUUGAAAAAGAACAAUCUCAUCCUACGACGAACUGCCGAUAACAAGAAUACGUUCUAUUUGGGAAAUCUACAAGAGUUUGAAACAAAAGCAAAUGAUUAUUUAUUAAAAUCAGAUGCUUACAAGGUGCUAUUGAAUAAAGAUAAAGAAAAUGAUGGUCAGCCAUGGCAAGCUGAAUUGAAACAAAUGGUGGAAUCUAUGAAUUUAUUAUUGGAAUCAUUGAAAAAUCAUAAAGCAAUAAAUAUCGAUUUAUAUAAUCGAUUAUUAGUUGAUGCAAGUAAAGUGAAAUUACCAUGUCUGUAUUUCUUGCCGGAUAUUUCUAAAGAAAAUGAAAUUUCGUUGGUACCCUAUAUUACAUCGCAGCAUAGUGCAACAUGGAGAAUUGGUAAAUAUCUAAAUGAAUUACUACGACCAUUUGUGGAUAAAAUCCUAUCAUCAACAACAUUUCGUGAUGAACCUGAUUUCAUGUAUCAAUUAUAUGAUUAUAUUUUUACAAAACGUAAACUUCAGUCAACAACUCUGUUUUGUGCCAUCACAAUUUCUGAUUAUUAUACAUUGGAUGUGCAUAAAAAUAUGAUUGAUACAGUUGGUUGUUUCUUGGAAGAUAAUUUAGUAACCAAUAAACUUGAACAAGUUACAAUUCAGACGAUUAAAAAUUUAUUACAUAUAUUCCUCUAUAAUAAUGUGUUCUAUUAUAAAGAUAAAAUGUAUACAUUAACAAAAGGUAGUCCAAAUACGAUGCCAUUAUCAGAUACUUUGUCGAAUAUUUAUGUAUUUACAUGGCAAAAGGAAAUCUUAAAACAGCUUCAGUCAAACAAUGAAUUCUUUGGAAGAUAUAAAGAUCAAAUCUUUUUCACAUGCAAUAAUGCGAAUGAAAAACAACUUGGUAGUUAUUUACAAACUAUCAGAGAUAAAAAUCCUAAUGUUCAAUUCCAGAAAUCAAUUGGAACAAAUGUACAAUUCUUUAAUGCAUUGGUUGAAAAUCUAAAUGGUGAAUUAUCUAGUCGGAUUUAUCGUCAUCCACUUAUUAAACGUUAUACAUUACCGUAUGUAGUGGGUCAUUCAAAAUUAGUUCACAGUGAUUGGCUUCGGUCAGCUUUAAUUCGAGCUGUUUGUUAUUGUUCAUCAGUCGAAGAUUUUAAUCUCGAGCGUAUUUAUCUUGAAUUAACUUAUCUCACAAAUGGUUACUCAUUACGAUUUGUUGAAACUCAUGUGCAACAUUUCUUUAAUUUUUUUCAUCUUCAUCCUAUGCGUUAUUCAAGAGAUCAAACCAUGUAUGACCGAUUUCGUCAUAACUGGUUCAAUUAUAUUAAGAUGCAACAUGAACUAUGCGAUCAACUUCAACAUUUUGAUGAUAACGGUCAGUUAAUUCAUUUCAAUUAUGUUUAUGAAUAUGGUGCAAGAUGUCAAUUCAAUCAACAAUUUGAUCGCCUUUGGUCAGAAUAUUUCAAUCAACAUCCAAAUUUAUCAAUACAGAAUUGCAAAAUUCUUCUGACUACGAUAAACCUACAUUCUUUAAGUGUUCUAUUAUCUAACUAG